UCCGCGCUCUCUUGCACUCUCAGUGCUUCUCCGCGCUUUCGUGUGCAUGGUAGGUGUUUUGCCCGAUUCGGUGUGUCGUUGCCUCCUACUCCCUCUUCCCCGCCGUCGACGAGUUGAGAGGAUUUUAAGUGCUUUGCUUUUUCUCGAGACUCGGCAACCGACACGUCAGAAACACCAUGGCCGAGAGCAAGGGCGCGUUAAUCGCGAAAACAGUGCAAAAACAUGCGGGCAGAGCGAAAGAGAAGACGCGAGAAAGAAGGUCAGCGUACCUCUCGUCUUUGCUGACGGAUCGUCCGCAAAGUAGUCGGCCGCAGCGAUAGAGAUGGAUUACGCAAUGGGCGACUCGCAAUUUCCAUCGCGGACGUUCCAGUCUUUGAUUUCUGACCCAACCCAAGAGAAAUGAGCGCCGCCAACAUUCCUCUCGGCGCGGCGUUCCACUAACUCUCAACCGCUGGAUCAAGCUCUCUUUGCCGAGAUGGAUGAUACUUUGCGAUCUGCAAAUUUCUUCAGAAUCUAGGCAAAGUCGACCGAACUGCGGACGAUAUAUUCGACGAGCACCUGCAGAAUUUUACGAGACAACAAAAUUCCGCCAACAGACUGCAAAAGGAGUUUAACAAUUACAUCAGGUGUGUUCGAGCGGUGCAAGCUGCCUCAAAGACGCUUAUGGACUCGUUGAACGAAAUAUACGAGAGUCAGUGGACCGGACACGAUUUGUUGUACGUACAGGCACAAAAUCUUGACAUGCUGUGGCAAGAUUUCACUCACAAGCUCGCGGAUCAGGUUCUUGUACCGCUCAACACGUAUCAAAGCCAAUUCCCGGAGAUGAGGAAAAAGAUUGACAAACGUGGACGUAAACUGGUAGAUUACGACAGCCAGAGACACAACUUUCAAUCACUGCAAUGCAAUCCAAAGAAGAGGGACGAACUCAAAGUGUCCCGGGGGAAGGAGCUGCUGGAGGAGGCGAAACGUACAUACGAACAGCUAAAUUCGGAGUUGCACGACGAAUUGCCAGCACUACACGACUCCCGCGUUCUCUUUCUUGUCACUAAUCUACAGACCCUCUUCGCCGCCGAACAAGUGUUUCACACUGAAAGUGCCAAGGUAUAUUCCGAAUUGGAAGCGAUCGUCGACAAAUUGGCCAAUGAAAGUCAGCGAGGCUCGUACACUCUGAAGAAAACGACGGAACCGCAAUCGCCAAAGUCGCCGAAUGCAAACUCGUCCCUUAUAAUCAACAUGCAACCGGCGCAGAAUAAUAUCUCAAGAGCAUUGGAUGACACCGCGCCCACGGCCGGAGACACGUCGCCGACCACCCAGAUAAACGGCAACGCUAACAGCAACGCUAACAGCAACGCUAAUAGCAAUGAUAACUCUCUCAAUAACCAGGAUGCAUUGCCCGAAAGCGUAGUCGCGCCUUCCAAACGGGUCGAGGAGUUGUACGAUAUCCCAGUUGGGGCGACAACGGACAAUCUGCCGCCCGGCGUUCUCUACAGGGUGAAGGCCACCUACAAGUACAGCCGCGAGGAUGUGGAUGAACUGUCGUUUGACGUCGGCGAGAUCAUCCGCGUUGUAGAGUACGACGAUCCUGAGGAACAGGAGGAAGGCUGGCUAAUGGGCAUUAAGGAAGGUACCAACGAGAAAGGAAUGUUCCCGGCAAAUUUCACAAAACCGCUGUGAGGAGCUGCGCCCGCCAUUUACACUCCAAUGCUCAUCAGAGACAGCGUAUUUUACUUUAAGGUAGUCGCGCAAUUUAAACGAGAGAUAGGAAAGCUGCGCACGGUCACAUCCGAGAAAGAGAGUAUUACGUGCGACGUAUGUAAAAGCGUACACAGGUAAAAGCGAAUGGGAAUAAAGCCAGGCAACGGGAAGCAAGGAGGAGUGGGAGGGAACGCGGGGGAUUUGAUAAGAUGGAUCAUGCUGGAGGGUCACUGCGGAGAGGAUCAAUCACCCCAUGUGCCUUAACCCAGCCACUGUCUGUGCCAACAUUCACUCUUGUUCUUUCAAAAAGAAGCAAAAUAUGGGAUUAGUCCUCUCAUAUCACAAACGUUACAAAGAUACACAUCAUGAAUAAAUAAUCAAACGAGACAUCUGAGUGAUUAAAUAAUACAGAUAAAUAUACACACGUACAUACGUAGUACAUACAUACAUACAUACAUACAUACAUACAUACAUACAUACAUACAUACAUACAUACAUAUAUACAUAUAUACAUCGUAAUACGUAUUAUGCUACAAAUGGUAUACACUUCAAUACGCAAUAUUACAAUGUAAAACGAGAAAAAUCUAUAUUAAAUUAAUAUUAUUUUAUGAGAAUAUGUACAUAGAUAUCUAUAUACGAUUUAAAAGUAUUUUAUGAGGUAACUUUGUGGCCACUGAGAAUAUUAUCGCUAAGAAACGUGUGUCCUACAGUUUUACAGUUUUACAGUACGCGGCUACGCGCGCCGUGUAAAAUGCUGUCCCCUCAACAGGGAAGAGUCACUAAACGUUCAAGGUCCAACCAUUUGUCAUAAAGUAAGAUGCCGCGCUAGUUACUCGCGUAUUCUAUGAGAAUCUAGUGACAGCUCCCCGUCAAAAGAUCGCGCCACGAUUCGCGUGCCAAAAUUUCUCAAGGACAUAAUGAUAGAGUAUAUCGCAGAGUGUCGUGAUAUGUGAAAAAUAAACGUAAUAAUGUAUAAAUGAAACGAGUAUAUAGUGUUCGCGUAUUUAUAUCAUUGAUAACACUCUUUUUCUCUUGUCACUCCUUUUUUCGAGCGAAUUUCUUCAAGUAAGAUCGAUUUGUGUGAAUUAUUCUUACAGAUUUUAUUCACUUGCAUCCAUAACUUUAUUGUACAUGUAUGUAGAAAGCUGGAUUGCGACGUUCAAGAGUUUGUUAUUAUUAUAUUAUCGCUAAUGUUAUCGCUACAUUUAAUUAUCAUCCCUCGUAUCUGUUCAUACCGUCGCCGUCGAGAUGACGAACGAAUAAUACGCAACGAUUCAAUCCGAAAACUUUUGUAGUCUCGGUCAAUACUCGUUAGAUCUGCCGAAACAAUCUUGUAUUCACAUCUUGUGUAAUAAAUAGUGUUGUAAUAAUAUAUACAUAUAUAUAUAUACUUACCGAAUUAAGAGAGAGCGAACGAGAACAUCAGCAUCAGCUUCUUGAGUUUGCGUGUCUUUUUAUUUCAUUUUAUUUUAUACCAAUAUCUGUAAAGCAUGAAAGUAAGCUGAAUUGUUCCUUUUGUAAAAGAGACGUUUUGUUUCCAUUGUGACACCAAUGUGACUUAAUGUCUCAGAGAUUGUUGGCUAGAUCCAUUGAUUUCUCAAAAUUUCUCUAUAGUAAUAAGCAAAAUUCAUAGAUAGAUAGAUUCUCGCGAUACCCAAGAAAAAGAAAGAAAAGUGAUUCGUGUAAAGAGAGUUUGUAUUUGAAGAGAAUGUUUCUCAAGCGGAUCAUUAAUUCUGAUAAAUCUGCGAUAUUGAUUAUGCGUGCAAUAUUUGUUACGUAAUUUAUCGUAAAAGUUGAUAAAGUUGUUGUUUACCAAAUGAGAAAUAUAAUGCAUUUAAACUUUACCAACAGAUAUAUAAUUAAAGGGAUCGUCUUAUUAUCUAGACAGUGUUUGAUAACAAACAUCCAUUAUUCGAAAUCCGUGAAAGUCGAAACAUAUCUUAUAUGUAUCGUAUAUACAUAUCUUCAUGUCAUGCAUAUCCGUUUACAUAUUGUAAAUUAUCGUAAACAUAUCGUAAAUUGAUAUAUGACACAACAUAAAAAGAGGAAAAAUAGAAAACAGAUAUUUACAUUCGUAACAUUAAAUUAUAUGAAACAUAUUCGCCAAAUGAGUCGCUGUAAAGAGUAGUAUUUCGCAGUGGAACAAUCAAAUCAUUACCGUUUAUCAUUUUUAUCCGCUGUUGUUUUAGUUUUCAAAGUCGAGUCGGCAUCGUAUAUUAUUACUAGUACUAGUGCAAAGUGUACGAGAUACCUAUGGCUUAUUUGUCUUUUUUCCAGUUAAGGAUGAUUAUAUAAUAAAUAACUACUGGUUUCUAA